GGGCCCUUUUUGUUGUGGAGGGUAUUUGUUUAAUUUCUUUUGUGUAUGGUGUAGAAAGGAAGGGGUUCAUCUACUAUUAUACUUAAUGGUGCACUGCUAAAAAUAGAUCAAGAAUGACUUCCCCAAAGAAAUGAAUUUUUUAAAAAAGAAAAGGCAUAGGCAAUUUUAGACAGAGGUUUGCUUGUUUGUGAUUUUGGUCUAUCUGAGAGGACCACUUAUAUCCUGGCCCCUCCUCUGUUUGUGAGGUGGCAGCAGAAGCUACAGAUACCUAACAACAUAGAUAUUUCACCCAGCAACCCUUCAAAGCUCAACCUAGAAAAGAGUUUUAUGACAGCUGUCCCACUGUGGAAUUGACUUAUCUUCAGGAGUGAAAUCCCUAUUGGGAUGAUAGAUUUAGAACUGGAAAAGACUUCAGAAGCCAUCUAAUCCUACCCCUUAUUUUACAGAUAAAGAAACAGGUCCAGAGAGAGAGAUCAAGUGACUUGAAGGUUUACAGAAGGCAGAACCAGGAAUAAUGGUUGGAAGAUUCAAAGAAGGAAAUUCAUGGCAGGAAAACAUCCUAAGGUUCAAAGGCAUCCAUAAGUUGAAUAGGGGUAGGAGAAGGUACAUUGGGAAAUAAAUUCAUGUUCCAUUAGAAGUCUCUGAGCAGAGACUGGAUUACCACUUCUCAGGUACUCUGAGGCCUGGUCUUUGGGUCCAGGGAGGCAUGAACUUAUUGAGAUUGAGAGAGUUAUUUCUGAACAAAAUAAAAGAAACCAAGAUAUCCUCAUAAGGAAAACCUGGGAGUGAAACUGAUUGCAUUACAUCCAGAAAAGAGAGGGGCACAAAAAUGACCGACAAUGGAUAUAGAAAUCCUCAAGAAGAAUGUCAAAUGGAAGAGAACUUGGAAGAACACUCAAUAAUGACUCCUCAGUCUCAGGACGAUAUAACGGUAUCAAGUGCCAUUGAAGAAAUCCAGACUGGAUGUCCUGUUUCUGGACUUAAGACAGAGCAGGAGGAAAACCAAGAUGAUCCCAGUAGUAAACAAGGGGAUCCUCACAAUUCAGAAGGAUCGUGUGAAAAAAUGUUGGAUCAAAACACUAACAAUUCUCUAAAUGAAAAGGAAAGUCUGUCCCUUCCCCAGGAGAACAUUUCUGCUGUUCUCAGAGAAGAUAAUGAAAAAUCCAGUACUUCACAAGAGCUUAAUACUGAUCAAAAGUUUCCAGACACUGUGGAAACCCAGAGCUCAGUUCCUGCUAAAGAAACAUUAGAGACUGAGGUUAUGGUGAGGAAACGAUUUGCAGUACAAGAGGUUAAAAGUCAUCAGCAAGAACCAGUGGAAACACUCGUACCUGGAGAAAGCAAAGAGAGGACCCAGGAUGUGGGAAAGAACCUUGAAGAGAGCAAAUUAGCUACUUGUUCCAAAAGUCUAAAAAGUAACUCAAAAUAUACAUUUGCUGGACGCUUCAUCUGUGUUUUGGCAGUGGUCCUUUUUGUGGUGGUCAUUGUCUCCAGGUGUGGCAGCUUCUCUUCCCAGGCUCAGCAGGUGCCAAGAAACCCCGCUCUGGAAGCCUUCUUGGACCAGUUCAGUCAACUGAAGGACAAGUUUCCAGGCCAGAGUUCUUACCUCUGGCAGCGGGGGCGCAAAUUCCUUCAGAAGCACCUGAAUGCUUCCAGCCCCACAGAGCCAGCCACUAUCAUCUUCACAGCUGCUCAGGAGGGCAAGGAGACCUUGAAGUGCCUGAGCCACCACAUUGCUGACGCCUACACUUUCUUCCAGAAUGUCUCUGCCAUCAGGAUCGAUGGCGCUCAGCGCGUUUCUGAGGACAGUGACACUAUGAAGCUGCUGGUGGAUAUUGAGCUAAGCACUGGGUUUGAGGUUGGACAUAAAGCUGCCGUGGUCCAUCGCUUUGAGUCCCUGCCUGCAGGCUCCACUUUGAUUUUCUACAAAUAUUGUGACCAUGAGAAUGCAGCCUUCAAGGAUGUCGCCCUGGUGCUGACAGUUCUACUAGAAGAGGAGACACUUGAUGCAGAUGUGGGUCCACGGGAAACUGAAGAAAAAGUGAGGGAUUUGCUUUGGGCUAGGUUCACUAACUCGUCCACUCCCAGCUCCUUCAAUCACAUGGAUUCAGACAAACUGAGCGGCCUAUGGAGUCGCAUCUCGCACCUGGUGCUGCCAGUCCAACCAGUCAAGAAGAUAGAAGAAAAGGGUUGUCGUCUAUAAAGCUAAGCACAGAAUUCUAUCAAGUAUAGGCUUUUACACUAAGGACAGCAUAGAUAUGAUUGGUCUUUGAAAACUUUUGAGAGAAUCACUCUGGAAAGCAGCAUGUUAAUUUUAGGACAAAUUUGCACUUUUAAAUCUUUUUACCUCUUGUGAAAGCUUCCUCAAUGAAAACUGAUGAAAUCAAUCAGGUCUGAAAUGCUGCACAAUAGUUUUUUUUCAAUUGAGAGUUCUUUUUAAAUAUGAAUAGAUAACAUCACAGUUAACUGCAUUAGGAUAAUAUUCUUCUAAGGUUUUAUUACAGGGUCUUCAUUACUCUCUUCAGUGAGAACAUAACAAGGCAUCCCCUUAUCAGCGAAUUAAUAUUCUCAUUAGAGGAUUCUAGUCAAACAGAUAAUAAAGUUUUAUUGAAGAAGACAGCACCAGAUAGAUUUUCUAAGGUUUAAAUGACCAAUAUUUUUCCAAAGUGAAAACAGACCAAGGACCAGGUUUCCAGGUAGUUGAAUUGUUGCAUCCAGAACUCUGACCAUCUAGUGAGCUGUUUGUGAUAUAUUUGAUCUCAUGAUGGGGGUUAGUGUGUCUUUUUUGGGGGGAGUCUUGUUUCUGUGUGAAGUUCAGGAUAAAAGAAGACAUACCAAAGAAAUUAUAGAGAAAGGUAGUUGAAUGUAUCAAAAUAGUGUGAGGAUCUGGAAUUUGUUGAGAAAAAAAGAUCCUGGGGUGAACUGAGAUACAUUAUUUUUAUUUAAAAAGAGAACAAGAAUUUAGCAAAGUGUUUUGAGAAAUAAGUAUAAUGGGAAAAUACAUAGAUUUUUAAAUCAAGUCUUUGAGGUUAGGCCCAGUUUGGCAGGAGGUAACUUUAGUUUUGUAAUUUUCUGACUUAAUGAUGAAAUCUCAUCCAAAUUGAGGUAAGAUAUGAUAAAACAUUAGUGGGUAAUUAAUAUCCUCAUAUAAUAUAAAAUAUAAUAUAAUAUAAUAUAAAACCACAAAAAGAAAAAAAGUCAGAAAAAAUGAUCCAGUGUUUUGGUCCUCUAAUAUAAGUAAAACCAAUGGUGCCUUGAAGAACUAUUACAUUGGUCCACAGAAAUGAGCUACCUCAGCUUGUUCUAAGGGGAGAACCAGACUGGUUCUGUUUUGUUAGCACUUGAUAUUGGGAUUUUUUCUUUAUUCACUUCAACUUCAUUUUUCAUCACCUCCACUUCACGUUGUGACCUAGAAAUGUAAAUAUUCUUAAUGAUUUAUUCUUUGCUUUUACUAAAAACACACAUAAAGAUCAAAGUUAAUUCUCUCAAGGUAUUUGUCAAGUUUAUGUAUUCAGCUUCAAAGACCAUUUUAAUAAGAGCACUAUAUUAAGAGAUCUUCCAUCUUCUUACAUGAGGAUUAUUUUUUAAAGCUCAAGACCGUAUUUUUAAAAUAAAAACUGACCAAAGUCUGUAAUCUAUUGUAAUCUCUUAAAUUAUUCUCAACAGAUUCUUAUAAAAGCUAUUCAGAUUUUAAAAUAACCUGUUUAUACUACUUCAUGUUUCAUUACUUAUGUUACUUACUUAGCUUAAAAGUUUUCUUAGACAUAUAACUACAUAAUAUAUAACUUUUGUAGCUUUAAAUUUUUUCAUGUAUACAUCUGAAUUAAAAAUAAGCAAACAUAGAAACCAAUCCUUUAAUGUUAAGGUUGGAAAAGAAAUCUGAAAUCACAAAUCUUGCCUGUCGAUUAAGAUUCUUCCUUUAUCCUGAGCUUCAGUUGUUCAUCUAGUGGCUGUUAGUAUACUUGCUAAAAAAAAAAAAAGGCUACUACUGUCAGAUUCAUCCAAGAGAAGUUUCUAAUAUCAUUGGUCUAACAUCAUUCAGAUUACUUUUCAAAUGUGCCUUUUCUCUGGUUUAUGCUAAAGUUCUAGAAUUCAUUAAUUAACCUCAUUUCCACUGCCCUUAACCUCUGACUCUAUAAUGGUGUUUCUCAAACUUUUAAAUUUUUUUAAACAUAAAGAAUAUAAUGUAUUAAGCUAUAUGAGAGCAUGAGAACAAGACCAAUAAGUUCUAAAAUCCUUGUGUAUUCAAAGGAUAAUUUGCAGAUAGUAAGCAAAGAACUACAUAACUUCUACAUUUACCCCUCCCUUCCCAAAUUGAUCCCUUUCUUCCCAAAUCAUUUCUACUUUGUUUUUUAGUUCCUAUUAACUUUUUGGAAAAAAAAAAUAAAUUGGUUAUUAUAAUGCAAAAAACAUUCUUACACUCUUUUCGCUUGUUGAAAAAGCCAAUUUUAUCCUCUAGAAAGAUGAUAUUUCUGAUUUUAAAAAGGAUCUAAGCAUUCUGAAGCAUUAGGUUUGGAAGCACUGCCAUUGAGAAAAGGACAAGAUGUUGGCCCUCAAACCAAAUAUAUUCAAUUAUGUAAAAUAAGAGAGUGGUAUUUGUAUUAAUAUCAAAAUUCCUGAUAUUCCCCAAGUCCUUUCACAAUUUCACCAUUAUGUAAAAGUGACUGCUUUUGAUUUAUUUUUCUUGGAUGAUAAGGAAUGUGCCUUAUUCAAUGUAGUUUGUCAUAACCAAAAAUAAAAUCCAAUAAUUUAUUCUAAAUAA